ACGCGCGGAGCGGCAUCUUGAAAGCGCGAGGCUGACUGCGCGCAGAUGCGACGUCGUCUUGCCGUUCGUGUCCCCUCGCGCAGUCACGGCUCGCGCCUCCUCUCGAAGCGUUCCAUCGCAUCGUUUACGUUCCGCUCGUGUCCCCGGGAAGCGGGAAGGGCGUGCGCAGGGAUUCGUUUCCAGGACGAGGAGCUGCGUGAACAUGGCGUGCAUCGGGGACUUCGACCCCUUCACCGCCGCCAUCCCGGCCACCAAAGUGGAGCUGACCGUGUCGUGCAGAAACCUGCUGGACCGAGACACCUUCUCCAAGUCAGAUCCAAUAUGCGUCCUGUAUAUCCAAGGAAUUGCCAACCGGGAGUGGCGUGAGUACGGCCGCACAGAGGUGAUCGACAACACCCUGAACCCCGACUUCGUCCACAAGUUCAUCAUGGACUACUUCUUUGAGGAGCGGCAGAACCUACGCUUCGACCUCUACGACUUGGACUGCAAGAGUGAGAAGCUCUCGAAGCACGACUUCCUGGGCCAGGCGUUCUGUACUCUGGGUGAGGUGGUCGGUUCCCUGGGAAGUCGCCUGGAAAAGCCUUUGAUUGGAAUCCCGGGGAAGAAGUGUGGGACGGUGAUCGUCCGAGCGGAGGAGCUCACCAACUGUCGGGAGUCUGUGAUGCUGCAAUUCUGCGGGAACAAGCUGGAUAAGAAGGACUUCUUCGGCAAGUCGGACCCCUUCCUGGUGUUCUACCGCAGCAACGAGGACGGAUCCUACACUAUCUCCCAUAAGACGGAGGUGGUGAAGAACACUCUGGACCCCGUGUGGCAGGCCUUCAAGAUCCCUGUGAGAGCGCUGUGUAACGGAGACUACGACAGGAGCAUUAAGGUGGAGGUGUACGACUGGGACCGGGACGGAGGUCACGACUUCAUCGGUGAGUUCAGCACCAGCUACAGAGAGAUGUCCAGAGGCCAGACUCAGUUCCACAUCUACGAGGUCCUCAACCCCAAGAAGAAAGGCAAGAAGAAGAAAAAAUACCAGAACUCAGGGACAGUGACCCUGUUGUCCUGCCUGGUGGACUCUGAGCUCUCCUUUCUGGACUUCAUCAAAGGCGGGACUCAGAUCAAUUUCACGGUUGCGAUUGAUUUCACGGCGUCUAACGGGAACCCGUCUCAGCCCACCUCGCUGCACUACAUGAGCCCGUACCAGCUCAACGCCUACGCCAUGGCCCUGCGUGCCGUGGGCGAGAUCAUCCAGGACUACGACAGCGACAAGAUGUUCCCCGCGCUCGGCUUCGGCGCCAAGCUGCCCCCCGACGGACGGGUCUCGCACGAGUUCGCCCUGAACGGGAACCCCCAGAACCCGUACUGCUCGGGCAUCGAAGGUGUGAUGGAGGCGUACUACCAGAGCCUCAAGUCGGUUCGGCUCUACGGCCCCACGCACUUCUCCCCCGUCAUCAACCACGUGGCCAGGUAUGCGUCGGCGGUGACGGACGGCUCGCAGUACUUCAUCCUCCUCAUCAUCUCAGACGGAGUCAUCACGGACAUGGCCCAGACCAAGGAGUCCAUCGUCAACGCCGCCUCACUGCCCAUGUCCAUCAUCAUCGUCGGCGUCGGACCGGCUGAGUUUGACGAAAUGAUCGAGCUGGACGGAGACGAGGAGCGCAUCUCGUCCCAGGGACGUCUGGCCGAGAGGGACAUCGUGCAGUUCGUCCCGUUCCGGGACUACGUGGACCGCCGGGGGAACCACAUCCUGUCCAUGGCGCGCCUCGCCAAGGAGGUGCUGGCCGAGAUCCCCGACCAGUUCCUGUCCUACAUGCGGACGCGGGGCAUCAAACCGGGGACCUCUCCGCCCCCCUACACCCCCGCCAUCCACCCCCUCCUCACCCGGAGGGUGAGCCGGAUCUGAGGUCCCUCCCCCGCUCCUCCACCCUCCUGCCCCACCUCACAGGAGGUCCUCGUCUGACGUAGGCUCCGCCCCCCUGCCGCUCCGGGAGGAGACCUUCAAAGUCCUGAUGAUGAUGAUGAUGAAGAUGAUGACGACGACAUUGAGUGAACCAACCAUCUGUGGCGCUCACCCGCGUCCCUUUUGACAGACGAGUGAGGGGGGGGGGGGGGGGGGUUGGGAAGCAGCGUGUGGCACUCAUUUGGGGUGGAGGUCAAAGGUCAACUCGUCGACCCUCAAGAUGGACAGAUACAGACGAGCAUGGCUAUCAUCUACAUAGCGUUUAUCCCUCUAUCAUCUAUCAUUAUCCAUCUGUCUUCAAUAUAGCUAUCAUAAUCUAUCUUUUAUUUAUCUAUCAUUAUCCACCUGGCUUUUAUCUAUUUAUCUAUAUCAUUUCCAUUCAACCCUCUUCUAUUAGAUACUCUCACUCUCCUUUCAUCCGUCAUCAAUCGAUCUACAUCCAGAUGUUAUCAAUCAAUAUUAUCUCUGUCUAUCAGUCUACCCAUUAUCUCUGUCUGUCUAUCAGUCUGUUAUCCAUUAUCUCUGUCUAUCAGUCUGUGAUCCAUUACCUCUGUCCAUCAGUCUGUUAUCCAUUACCCCUGUCUGUCCAUCAGUCUGUUAUCCAUUAUCUCUGUCCCUCAGUCUGUUAUCCAUUACCUCUGUCUCUCCAUCAGUCUGUGAUCCAUUACCCCUGUCUGUUGUGUGUCAGUCAGUCUGUGUUCAUGUUUACAGCGACGGGACAGAGGCAGAUCUGCUAGGUAGUGCAGCAGGACUCGUACCGAUGCCGUCGUCCUGCACCACUCAGGGCUCUGUUGCACCGCAACUAAAACCCCCCCGUCCUCCACACACGCACACGUGCACACACACCACACAGACACACCAACGUGAACACACACACAGACACACACUUCUGCCCAGCAGGAGGGAGUCAGGGUACUGGUUGGGGGAUGUGUAGCCGUACACCGGACUCUCCCUGGGUACCUCGUACCCCCACCUGGGUCUCCACGGACCGUCCCCAGGUGUUAUACCGACUCACACACAGACACUUGGACACACGCCCAGGCAAACCCGCUCCAACGCUCCGUGUCUUAUUGGGGGACGAGUGUGGCUCCGGUUUCACUGAGCGGCGUUUUGUAGCCUCAGAAGCAUUCUUCCAUUUUGUCUCUACCUCUCACAUUGUUGUUAUGGCGGCGGCCGGAACACGACAAAUUGAGGCGGCUCGCAGUGACUACCGCCCUGGACGCCCGUUGUGUCAGCCGAAACCGUGAGGGGAGAGAGCUUUGACCGCUAUCUGAUGGACUCCGUUCCGGGUCGAUAUCGGCAGCCCUUCCUCUGCUGUAUCGUCAGCGUCUCUGCACCAGGACACAAAGCUUCUUCGUCGAUGGCCAACGGGGACAGUGUGCAUCGGGGCGGACUCCUUCAUGACCGUACCAGGGGUUUAGUUUGGCCCCACCUCACCUUCUAGACAUAGUAAGACUGCGAUCUAAACAGGUAACUGCACUGCUGUCACUUUUCUAAGCCAAGUGUUUCUGGGUGAGACUUCAACGCCGGCCACUUUUUUUGACCCGUGUUCUCAACGUGUGGAUUGAUGAUGUUAAGCAAAGCACAAAUGGUUUCACUGCAGAACAGCUGAGAUUAAUUCAUAACGUUCUCCGUCUUACAUGGAUUGGGCCGUCCUACCGCAGUGGGGGGACCCACAGCUGGGGGACCCCACUGUGGGUCUGAUGGGUCUCGCCUCCCAAAUUCAUCAACGCCCCGGUGAACACAUGCGCAUCGCCGACCCACUACAGUAGCACCUGGUAGUUGACUACCUUACGAAUCAUUAGACUGUUGAUAGAAACAGGACCGUUCCAAGUGAGACCCCUCUGUAGCCUAAUAUCUAUAGCUUAUAAGCAGGCUCCUGCGGUCCCCAUCUUCUUCUUAGGGGAACCCAAGGGUAGCCCGGACCCCUAGGUUCGGAACCCACUGUUCCUACUGCCUGGCUAGAACGGGGGAAAUACUGUGUAAUACAUUUAACUUGAACAGCAAUUUGUGUACAACACUGUAAACACUAAUGUUAAACACUUCUGUAACCAACCGAG